AGAGCUGUGUGAUAACUUCAGUCCUACGGAUAUUUGUUUACCUCAGUUUAGCUCGAUGAAAAAUGUCGGAUGAAAUGCCAUCAGGCUUUCACAUGGAUGAUACUCUUAAUUCUUCAUUUGGUCUGCGUCAUUCUAUAAAGGAGUUGAUUAUAUCAAAGGCUGUUUUGACUUGCGUUCAGUGCAAAAUUGAUCUUUGUGAAAGUUGUUCGAAUUCUCAUAAAGCACAAAAAGUAACUGCCUCCCAUAAUCUACUGACAGCUUCUCAAAGAGGUAACUACUGUCCUUUUCAUAGGCAGCAUUUGAUGAACUACUACUGCUCGACAUGCAAACAAUGCGUCUGUAUUGCCUGUAUUACAUUAAAUCAUAAUGAACAUGAUGUCGAGGAAUUGGUCACUGUUGCUUCAACGAUAACAGCUGAAUUGCAGAAAUUGUUAACUCAAAGUGAUGGAAAUGCAGUUGAAUUAUCUGAUAAAAAACAUGAACUAUCUCAAAUUGAAAGAGAAUUAAAGUAUAUGAAAGAAUGUGCUGUUAGCCAUGUUAAGACAGAAAGUGUACGAAGAAGAAGAGCUAUACAAGAACAAGAACAUGAUCUAAUUCACCAAAUUGAAAAUUUAUUCGACAUAACAAGUGUUUCUCUUGAAAAGAGAAAACUUGAGAAAGCUUGUUCUGAUUUGGAAACUGAACGCAGGUUAGCCAAAGAAUUAUUAUCUUCAGACACAUCCCCAGCAACCCAAGUGAUCGCACAUUCUGAUAUGGAAAAAUCUCUGAAAUCUGCACUGUCAAUAGAAAUUCCUGAUUUAACGAAUUUCAAACAGAAAUUAGAUGAAGAAGUAAAAUUUAUACCCUGCCCUAUUCCUAGUAGAGAUUCCUUAGGAUCCGUCUUCAAAAUGAAGAUAAAUAUGGAUUCAAAAGCAACAAUACUAACACCAAGAGAGGCUGUUCCAAGUUCCAAGAUCUUAUACAGCCACUCUUUAAAACUUCCCCUCUCCCAAAAUACAACUUCGACUGAAAGCGAGUCAGGUGAGAGAUCAACUCUAAGCACUGGAAAAUUGAACGUUAUGGGUUUGGUUUUUUUACCCGGAAACGAUUUGGUACUUUUAUGUAGUGGAAGAAAAUACAAGCUUUUAUUCUUUGAUAGAAGAGGGAUCUUAAAUUUUGAAGCAGGAUCUGAUGAUACUCUCGAACAGCCUACUGAUAUAGUUGUUACUUCAUUCAGAAGUCUGGCAAUAACUGAUUGCGGUUCAAGUAGUAUUAAGGUUAUUGAUAUAAAGGGACAGUUGAAGUCAAAUUGGAGAUACAAAGACUUCGAGUUACCAAUUGCUAUUUGUAGACAUCCCACAAGAAACUUACUAUUCGUUUGCGACCAAGGAAAAAGAAAGUUGACGGGUCACAAAGAAAGUAAUGGCGAUAUUAUCAUGAAAGGUGACGUCAGCGAAAAUCAUGUCCCAGUACCACAGUAUAUUACAACAACUACAAAUACACUUUAUAUAGCAGAUAGCGAAAAUGAUGUCAUUGCUAUAUACACACUUGACGUUACAAAAAUAUCAUUCCUGUGUAGAAUUUCUACGUCAGAAUCUACUGGAAUUUUUCAAUCGGUGUCAGGAAUAUCGUCCGAUCGAAAUGGCUUAUUUUACAUAACAGAUUCAAUUAAUAGCAGUAUUAAAGCACUAAGACCUCACAAGAGUGAAAUUCAGACAAUUGUUGUCUCCGGAAAAUGCUUACGACAACCGAAAUGCUUUUGCUUACAAAGUGAUGGCGAUAAUCUAAUGGCUGUUGUUCAGUUAGGCCCUGAUACACCUGAAACGGCAGAGAAAGAUUUAACAAGUGUGGACAUUUUUAAAAUGGUAAGAUCAGAUAUUUAA